GCCCAGUGGUAUCGACAGGCAGGGAAAGCCCUCAGACAGUAAGUACAGUGUCUCCGCACUCUGCAGGCUCCGCACUGAGCGCUGCGCGUCUGAAGGGACUGACAAACAUUUCGACACAGCCAGAGAAAGCUGCAGCAUUCAUUUGUCUUUAGGGGGACAUGGCUGAUGUGAGUUUAAACGAGUCGUCCUCCGAGGACGUAGCGAAUAGGUUUGCUCGUAAAGGUGCUUUGAGGCAAAAAAACGUCCACGAAAUCAAGAACCACAAAUUCAUAGCCCGGUUCUUCAAGCAGCCGACUUUCUGCAGCCACUGCACCGACUUCAUCUGGGGGUUCGGAAAACAAGGAUUCCAGUGCCAAGUUUGCUGUUUUGUGGUCCACAAGAGGUGCCAUGAAUUUGUCACGUUCUCCUGCCCCGGGGCUGAUAAGGGGCCCGACACAGAUGAUCCCAGAACGAAGCAUAAAUUCAAGAUCCACACCUAUGGGAGCCCCACCUUCUGCGACCAUUGUGGCUCUCUGCUGUAUGGCCUCAUUCACCAGGGCAUGAAAUGUGACUCCUGCGAUAUGAACGUCCAUAAGCAGUGUGUCAUGAACGUCCCCAGCCUGUGUGGAACCGACCACACCGAAAGGAGGGGGCGUCUUUACCUCAAGUGUGAGGUCAGCGGGGAUAAGCUGCAGGUCACAGUGUCUGAAGGCAAAAACAUGAUACCCAUGGACCCCAACGGUCUGUCUGAUCCAUAUGUCAAGCUCAAGCUCAUACCAGACCCCAAAAAUGAGACCAAGCAGAAGACCAAAACCAUCCGCUCCAGCCUCAACCCCACAUGGAAUGAGACCUUUAACUUCAAGCUCAGGCCUGCAGAUAAGGACCGCAGGCUGUCGGUGGAGGUGUGGGACUGGGACCGGACAACCAGGAAUGACUUCAUGGGAGCCCUUUCCUUUGGCGUGUCAGAGCUCAUGAAGGCCCCAGUCUGUGGCUGGUAUAAGUUACUGUGCCAGGAGGAGGGGGAGUACUACAAUGUUCCCAUCUCAGAGGAGGAUGACGGGAAUGAAGAGCUGAGGCAGAAAUUCGAGAAAGCCAAGCUAGGCCCAACUAAGAAGGUGAUCACCGAGACGGAUGGUAGCCCCUCCACCCAGCUGCCGUCCAACAGCUUGGACCAGGUCAAACUCGGCGACUUCUCUUUCCUGGCUGUACUGGGGAAAGGCAGCUUUGGCAAGGUCAUGCUGGCGGAGAUGAGGGCCACCGAAGAGCUGUAUGCAAUAAAGAUCCUGAAGAAGGAUGUGGUGAUCCAGGACGAUGACGUUGAAUGUACCAUGGUGGAAAAGAGAGUCCUGGCCCAACAGGAAAAGCCACCCUUCCUCACACAGCUGCACUCGUGCUUCCAGACUGUGGAUCGUCUGUACUUUGUCAUGGAGUAUGUGAAUGGUGGAGACCUCAUGUACCAUAUCCAACAAGUGGGCAAGUUCAAGGAACCUCAGGCAGUGUUCUAUGCAGCAGAGAUCGCUGUUGGUCUCUUCUUCCUGCACACUAAAGGAAUCAUCUACAGGGAUCUGAAGUUGGACAAUGUGAUGCUGGACUCUGAGGGACACAUCAAGAUUGCUGACUUUGGCAUGUGCAAAGAGAACAUGGCGGAGGGAGUGACCACACGCACCUUCUGCGGCACUCCAGACUAUAUAGCCCCAGAGAUCAUUGCAUAUCAGCCAUAUGGACGCUCUGUUGACUGGUGGGCAUAUGGAGUGCUGCUCUAUGAAAUGCUGGCAGGACAGCCUCCAUUUGAUGGAGAGGAUGAAGAUGAGUUGUUCCAGUCCAUUAUGGAGCACAACGUGUCCUACCCCAAGUCCCUGUCCAAAGAGGCUGUCUCCGUCUGCAAAGGGCUGAUGACCAAACACCCAUCCAAGCGUCUGGGCUGCGGCCCGGAGGGAGAGAGGGACAUCAGAGAACACGCCUUCUUCAGACGUAUCGACUGGGAACGCCUUCAGAACAGGGAGAUACAGCCGCCCUUCAAGCCCAAAGUAUGCGGCAAAGCGGCCGAGAACUUUGACAAGUUCUUCACUCGCACUCAGCCCCAGCUCACACCCCCCGACGAGCUGGUUAUCGCCAACAUCGACCAGGCUGAGUUUGCAGGGUUCUCUUUCAUCAACCCGGAGUUUAUACACCCGUCUCUCCACAACAGCGCAUGAGAAGGAUGGUGGAAACCUCCCUGAAGAACCUCCCCCCCCCCCCGCUCACUGCCACCCACUUAAACCAACAGCCAACCUAACAUCUGACCACAACUUGAUCAAGGCACACCAUUAACCUUUAUGUUUUAUUCAUAAGCAGGAUUCUAAGGCAUGCAUAUUUGUUCUGUACAAUAUAUUUUCCAGUAUAGAUAAUAUAGAUUAGAGUUUCUUGGCCACCACAAGAAAUACUUUCCUUUAGUUUAAUGAUGAGCAUGUACUGUAGACAAUAAUGUCCCUCUUUAUCCCUGCAAUUUAUACUGAAGGCACUGAGAGAGCACUGAGAGGCUUUAUUUAUCUAUGCCAGUGUAUGAUGAAAUUAAGAGAAUGAAUGAAUCUAUGCCUGUAUAAGAUAUAAGCAACAGAAUAUUUAAGGAGCAUUCAGCUAAGAUAGCAUUUAAGGCAUGGAGUAACUAAUUCUGGAAAAAGACGCCUGUGCAACUGUUCAUACUUACAAAUCUCAAUAACAGUAUAGUCUACAGAUCUAGUCGGUGGCUCACAGCUUGUUAUAUAGAUAUAAUGUGAUGACCUGAAAAACUCCCAUACAAGGCAGUGAUAUAAGCCAAUUAUGAAGGACAGGUGGUGCAGGCGUUGAAACAGCACUUCAAUGUUUCCUGUAUCAUGUUUACAGUUUUCUUACAAUUUGAUUUAAUGGUGACGGUGAUAAAUGCUAUUUCCAGUGUGCGCGUAGCAAAUCGACUAAAGAAUGAACCGCUGUUGUAAUGAAAUAAUAUGCAGCCUGUAAAAAAAACACAAAUAUACCGUAUGAGGCACACAGGUAUGAAAGUGUGUCAGGGUUGGUUCCAAUUUGUCAAAACUUAACUUUGCUUAACUGUUAUCUACCUAUUUUGCCUGGUUUUUUAAAAAUAAAUUCACACACCUAUUUCCUAGCCCUUAACCUGAGCUGCAGAUUGUAUACUUCCCUUAUCAAUCAUUUUUUGUGGACACUAUGUGGACACACAGUAAACGGUAAUCAUUUUAAGUUCACGGGCAGUGGCAGAACAUUCUCAUAUCUACUUAAAGUUUACAGUUUGUCAUUUUCUAACACUAGUCAGUGUUAACCACUGUCUCUGUUCCACUAUACGCCCACAAAGUUUCCCAUAAAUGUCAUAACGAGACCAGUAAAGACAUUUUGAUAAACUGUUUUUGUUUUUUUUUUCUAGAAUAUAACAUGAUGUCAUUGUGUAUUAACCAUGCAACGUUAUACUGCACACAGUAUCAUGCCCUCAAGAGUAGAUAAAACACAUUUGUCAGGUUUCUUGGAUACAGACGUUACGAAUCAGAAACACUUUUGCUGAAAGGAAUAUCUUUUUCUGAAAACGCUUCAUCGUCCAGAGAACAAACUCAUCCUUCAUCAGGAGUAUGUCAACAUAGUCAUUAUUUGUUAAAUCAUUUUUAGUUUCCCUUUUUUUUUUGUUUCUUUCAUAUCUUCCAAAUAGUUUAGUUCUCCUCUUUUUUUGUGAUCUCAUACAUAUUUUUUUUUUCCAUUAGAUCAGAUUAAUAUUUUAAUGUAUCAAAUAUCAGUGUAUAACUCCUUUGUAAAUAAUCAUGAGUUAUUUAAAGAGAGUAUAGCAAGUUACAGUUUUUAUACCAACACCUGAAUGUGCUUUUAUUACAUUAAUUAGAUAAACCAAUAUUUGUAUGUGUAAAAAAAAAAAUGAAACUAGGAAAGUACCCAGUAUAGAUCAACAGCUGGAUGUUUCUUUAACAGCAUCCAGAUUUAGCAAGUUGUGAGAAAUAGCUGUGCGACUUGUUUUGGCAGAUUUAUCAAAGUUUUUUUUGUUGUUGUUGUUGUUAGUUUUAUUUUCUUUAAUCAUAUUCAAUGACUGCAAAUCGUGUGUCGAUCGGAUGAGUGUCUGACUGUCCCUGUGUAUCUGCAUGCUGUCGGUAGGCAUCAUUCAUGCACGUGAUCCAUGAAAUGCUGCAUGCUGUUAAAUAUAAAACCUCAACGAGUUAUAACUUUAAAAGUGAUACUCCGCUCGAAACGUAAGUUUAGAGUUAAGCGUCUGCUGGAAUUCACAUCGAUUGCGAUGAAUUCGAAUAGUAACAACUUUUCAAGGUGGUAAAAUGUCUGUGAGUGUUGCAUACUUGAAAAAAAAAAUUGAUUAAGGGUGUAGUAUCACUGUAAGCACAGAUCUCAAUUGGCCAAAUUUUAGGUGGGUCAUUAAACAUCACACUCAGGCAACUUAGGAGUGCUGAUCUGACACCAGCUAGGCUCUUUAAGACUCUUUCGGGACUGUACUACCCACAAAUCACAAUUCAGAAGUUCAGAUGCUCAGGCAGAUUGGCACAGUAAGCCAUGUGUGAAAGGAAAAGUGAGGAAAAAAACAGUGAUUUUGCCAAAAAGACGGGAGAUUGCAGGGGGCUGUAGAUAACAGAAGAGACAUUUAUCUACAGUACAGUUGUUAGAUUCUACUUUUAAAUAGAUACUAAUAGACUCCUUUUGAAACGACUCUUUCCUGAGACCUAGUCGCUGGUUCGAGAUCAGUACUCUUUCUCUGUAGAUGCUUGAUAUACAGUAUAUACAUUAUGGCCCCUUGUUCCUUUUGCCUUUACCUAUUUAGGGUGAUGUGGAACACUGAAUGCAGAUCUGUGGUGAGUUGUGAUGCUCGUUGGUAGACCUAUGGGACCACUCACUCUCUAGUGUCUCAUUAAUGGGGUUUAUGUUAUAAUCUUAAUGUUGUGUUGUCGUCUCUUUGUAAAAUCUUUUUGGGUUUUUUUUUUUUUUUUUUCCUUUUGCUGUUUAUUUUUUAGCUUUUGUCAGUUGUUGUCGAUGUUGUGAGGUUUAUUUCUCCAGCUUCUGCUCAAGAAAUUCAGGAAUGUUCAAAGGAUAUAUAUAUAUCACAUUGGAAAACUCAUAUCUGACUGAUUUUAGAUAGGAACUAUUGAAACGUUUGUAAUAUUUUCUCCACGUUUUUCUAAGAGUUGUGCACUCGUCUACCGUGUUUCCUAUCGUAUAUAUAACCCUUUGCAUGUGCCAAACCUGGAAAUGCCAGAACCCAACAAUAGCAGCGUUGCACUAGCUGUAGUCAAAUGAAUGACUCUUUGUGGCAGCUUCCUCCGUCUACAGGCUGAGAUCUGCCUAAAGCCACACCUGCUGUACACUCUGUUGGCCACAUAACAUAUAGCAUGCUGUCAUGAGUAUACCAGUGCACAUUGUGUCAGUAAACUUUACAAUGCCAGUCAGUUUGAUAGUUGACUUACCACACAAACAAUACACACGGUACUCAAAUUUCUCUUCCAUGUAGCCUGUCUAGCCUUGGGCAUAAUUGUGUCUGAAAAACAUUUCGUUUGAUUUUAACAUCCACAGUGAAUUUCACAGAAGUGAGAGAAAAUAUACCUUGUACAUACUUAGAGUUUACUCAGCAACAGUCUUGCGCUUGUCUGAGCCUAACUUGCACCUCUGUAUGUGCUGACAUAGUAGUCUAGCUCUACUUACAAGUCCAUCCCUUUAAUAGAAUCUCCGAUGACUCAUUUCCUAAUCUUCUUUCUUUAUAGAAAUGUUUUCAAUAUGUCAAGUCACAGUCAGUGUGGGCAUGAAAAAAAAGGUUACUUACUCUCCCCUCGUGUGCCUUUCCCAACUUGAACAGAUAUACUAUACAUCUUCUUUACCGUCGUCCUUCUUGUUCUGCUCUCAACUCUCCAUUUUAACAGCAUAGCAUGACUCCACAUGUUGUAUUUUUUAAUUCAUUUUCAAACUAUGUUAAUUUACUCAAUUUUCCUUCAUUGUACUACAUGUUAGUGUUUCAGUUUAUCUAAUUCUCAUGAAUGUGUUCACUUUGUUCACACAAAUGUUCAGUAAAUCAGAGUUUUGUUGACUGACGCCAAUAACCUUUACAGUCCUAAAACUACAACUUGACUCAUCCUUCUGUGUCUGCUUGCUUUUACCUUUUACCUCCCUGUGCCUAUUAAUGACUGAAUGAUGUAGUGAGUUAAUAAAUUAAUGUGUAGACAAUAUCAAAGGAAUUUAUUGAGUGAUUAAAGAAGUGAAGGGACAAUGAACAGGUGAUUGAUGGGGUUUAGUUCAAUGAAUAAAAGGAUAGAUGACAAUGGCUUGUUUGGAGGAUGACCCCUGUGCCUCGUCGCAUUAAACCACCCCUCCCUUGUCGUCUCCUGUUUGCCCUCUUUUCGCUCUACCUGUCCCUCCUUCCUCAGUGCCUGGGCCAAGUCAAUCCAUCAUCUUAUCGACAAUGUCCUCCCUCUUCCACCUAUUAAAUCCCAUCAGGUCAGGAAAGCAGUUGAUUUGUCUUGUGUAAUUCACCCGCAGUUGGCAUCAAUUCCACCCUUUCCUCUACUGGUUCUCCCCCCAAUGCACCAUGGGAAAGGAGUUAUAGGAGCCACAUGUAUUUGGUGUUUUACUUUGUUUACAUUCUAUUCGAUGUCAUCACCAUUUUGUUUUUAGUUUAAUUGAUUAGGAUGGCCAGAUAAUAAUGAAGUAACUUCUGUAAAGAUAUAAUCUUAAAUGUACGGUUUGAGAGAGAGAUUUUUUUUUUUUUUUUUAAAUUGGCAUUUCUUACAAUACUGCUUUUAUGUACUUGUUCGCUUUAGAUUCAUCUGGUUUAACAUCCCUUUUCAUUGUAGUCAGUCUUUGCUCUCCGCCGUGUCCUGUGUGUUCGCUGUGAACUGAGAGAGUUGAAGUGAACUGCCAUCCCGUUGGCCGUACAAGAGCACAGGAUCAAUGAUGUGCAGGAAUGCCUUAUCUCUUAACCCAUACAGUAACAUGGUCUCUUACUCUCCUCUCUAUGUUCAUUUAUAAUCUCCCACGUCUUUGUACAUAAAUGACUUACAGUAGAUAUCUACAUAGACUGUAAAAGAAAGAAUAUAUUGUAUUUUGCAAAUGGUGUAUGUUUGUUUUCUUCCCCUGUCAGCCUGAAACCUUUAAAAUGAGUCUGAGCUACUUACCUUGUAAUUGAUUGUGUCAUUUGUACCUAAUGUAUGAUAAUGCAAAUAAAAAAAGGAAAAUGA